GUGUGUGGAAAGCUGGAUACAAUUUCUGGUAGCCUGCAACGAAUUAAAGAUGGGCUUAACAAACAUGUUACCAGUUUAUGGAACUGUAUAAACAACAUCAAUGGGACAAUAAAGUCACAUUCCAAGGACAUUUAUGGCCUUAAGAAUUCAGUCCAGGUGUUCCAAACUCAGAUCACCAGUAUUGCUACUGAUCUUCAGGAUCUUAUUAAGCACCAGCCUGGGGAAGGUGAAGAGGCAACACAAACUACACAUGUUAUACCUUCACUCUCUGAACAACCUAAAGAACCACAACGACCUCAGAAACCAACUGACACAGAACCAAAGCCACCAUCAUCCAAACCAGAGCCACCAAGCCCAACUGGCUCUAUUGUGAUACCUCUGGUUCCUGGACGAAAUGGCAUAAUUAUGGAACACGGUCAAGCUGGCCCUCCAGGAAGAAUCAUCCAGUCUGGAUCAGGAAGACCACAAGGUGCCGAUGGACAGAAAGAAAUGGAGAUGUCUAAAGGCUUUGCUGGAGCACCCGGAUAUCCCAAGCCGACCAAAGAACCUAAAGGUCCUCCAACAGUAGACGUCUUUCCAGAAUCUAUAGGAGUUACUGCUAUAGCAGCUCUAAUAUCGUUUUCUGCUGGACUAACUAGACACUCCUUUGAUAUUGGAAUUGUUCCCUUUAACCAUGUGUUGUGGUUAAUGAUGGAGAUCAUUAUAACCCUACUACAGGUAACAUGCCUUGAAUCUUCACAGCUCCCAUUGAGGGUCGAUACUUGGUCACUGCGGUCCUCACUC